CAAACCAUUCCUUCAUAUUUCCCGGCUUCUCAUUUCUCUACCUCAGUUCUUCAGUCGAGCAUUAUAAUUUAUCAAUAUGGUCAAAGAUGGAGAUAGUUAACAUUGGGGAAGAAGAAUUCGUAAGGACACUCCUUGUCAAGGAAAGGGCCAAUCCAGAUGAUGAAGAAUGCAAGCGUCAUGAUCAAAAUGCAGCCUUUAUGGUUGUCUUCAGCACCCUUGUUGCUGCUAGCUUGUGGAUAGGAUAUUCAUCCCUGGCUGAAACCGGGAUCGUGGAUGAUCUUGGCAUAUCGAUGGUUGAGGUAGGACUCUUAUAGUGACAUGUGCUGCUUCUUUUUGCUACUUAAUUAAUAAUGGGUGCACCACAUGUAUGAUCUAGUUCUUGAGUGGUAAAUUUCAUCUCAAAAUAUAAUAAGAAAUAUAUGUGAUUUAA